AGAGUUCGGGCUGUGUCGACGUGUCGUGCUUCCUUUUUGCAAACAACAGUCGAGAUGGCAGGUGGCAGCAAGAAAUUGACGAAGGAAGAAGAGCUCUUGCUGCAGGAUUUCAGUAGAAAUGUUAGCACUAAAUCAUCGGCGCUGUUCUACGGCAAUGCCUUCAUCGUUUCAGCAAUUCCAAUCUGGGUAUUCUGGCGAAUCCAUCAAAUGGACCUUUUCCAGACUGGUAUUCUGUUUGGUUUGAUGACAAUUAUCAGCACAUGGCUAGUCGCAUUUGCCUACAAAAAUGUCAAAUUUGUUCUUAAGCACAAAAUUGCUCUGAAAAGAGAAGACGCAGUUUCUAGAGAAGUACUUAAGAAACUUACUGAUGCUGAUAAUAAAAAGAUGUCUCGCAAAGAAAAAGAUGAGAGAAUACUAUGGCAGAAGAAUGAAGUUGCUGAUUAUGAAGCCACCACCUUCUCUAUAUUUUAUAAUAAUGCUUUGUAUCUAUUCCUCAUCAUCCUGGCGUCAUUCUUCUUCCUCAAGUCGUUCAACCCAACUUUUAAUUAUGUAUUAUCAGUUGCCAUGGCUGGAGGUUUAUUGGCGUUGUUCUCAACUGGUACAAAGUAGAUGACCUGAAACGCGUCGAGACGAGUGCACAACAGAUACUGAUAUGGUUUGAAAUAAAGUUAAAUAAUGAAUGAAAUUCAGAUUUUUUUUAUUCAGUCUGUCAUUCUAUGUAACAGAAUAAAGGCUUGAUAUUAAUU